UUAUUGUCUCUAUUCACAGGUGACAGCGGACGAAAUAUCUGCCUAAUAGUUCUGUAUGACUGCUCAAACUGGUACAUUGACUGAAUCCGAAGGUCACCCGUCAGCCCAGCCUGCCGCUCCCCCCACGGAAGUGUACCUAGAAACCUCUCCCGACCCACAUAUCCAGACCCAGCCAGCAAUGUCAAUCGCCAGCAUGGCUUACAAUCAAUCCACUGUUCUCCCCCCGAACAGUAAGGUCCCCCCAUACUCUGUCAAUGGAAUCAGCUUAUCCUCACCAAAUGUGGAAAUGAUGCACCCUGCCAUGGGAUACCCUGACAUGUAUAUGUCUUCAGCCUCCAACCCCCGGAAACAGAGGAGGGAAAGGACCACAUUUACCCGCGCCCAACUAGACAUCCUGGAAUCACUAUUCCAGAAAACCAGAUAUCCAGACAUCUUCAUGAGAGAGGAAGUAGCCCUGAAGAUAAACCUUCCAGAAUCCCGCGUACAGGUUUGGUUUAAAAACAGACGUGCCAAAUGCAGACAACAACAGAAAGCGCAGGAAGGAAAAUCCAAACCUCCUACCCCAAAGAAGGCGAAAUCACCACCCCCAGCGUCUACCUCCCCAGUCUACUGUAAACCCCCAGUGGUCAGUACGCCACCUACGAACACGAUGACCAGUCAGUCGUCAAUCUGGAGUCCAGCUUCCAUUCCGCCCGUUCACGACCUUUUGAACUCCAAUAGUUGCAUGCAGCGAGGUGGUUAUUCCAUGCCAAACACUCAAAACGCCUCUUACUCUCAUCAAAAUUAUGGACCCUCUAGUUACUAUAGUGACAUGGGCUACCUCAACCACAUGCAACUUCCGGUGAUGUCAAAUCAAAUGAACCAAAUGAACGGAAACCAGGUAUCAUACGGGUCUAUGCCGGCUCCUCAGAUUCCUAGAGCCAAUCACACAGACUGUCUAGAGUACAAGGAUACGUCAUCGUGGCCCAAAUUCCAAGUUCUGUGAUUUCACACUAUUUAUGUUGAUUUGACCAAAUAUUUUAUACUAACGAUGAGCACAUUCUGAUUCACUGAGUCAACGAUGUGUGCCGACUUUCCGAGGCGCGACUGGUGGAAACCCGCGUCGGUGGUUGUCAUGGAGACGCGAAGUCCCACGCAUCAGAGGAGCCAGUGUAUGUCUGCGUUCAAAAAUACUGCGCUUUCCCAAGUGGAUUCGCCAGAAACGUGUUUACAAGUUGUCUCAAAAACUCUCAUCUAUGAUAUUUAAAUGCUGAAGAGUAAACAUUACACAUUUCAUUAAUGUAUGAACUAACCUCUAUGUACGUUGUUGACAUGCCGAAAUUUGCAUUCUCCGUACGCCAUUGUAUGAGUGUGCCGAUGUCUUCUCCAUUAA